AUGUCUACCCCAGCAGCGAAACGUCGUCGAAUUGAAGCUGCAAGUACUCUCCAAAAACCCUUUCGAUCACCUUUCAAGACCCCAUUCAAAUCGCCUCUUAUCAAAGGCUCUCCAAAUACUCGAGCUUCCACUGCCGCUGCCGCCGCAGCUUCUACUCCUUCACUUUCCAAAACUCCAACUUCUUACCCUGUCGUGAGUAUUCCAUCUCCAAAGACUGCGAUUCGCACCAAGAAAUCCUUCACAUCGCCCAUUUCAGCAGCAGUUAUCAAUGCUGAUCCGGAUAUUGCGCCACUGCUGAAGGAGCAGAGAGAAUUAGAGAAGCUAUUGAAGGAAUUGAAGGAGGAAUUGGACACGGCAGAGCAGGCUAAGAAGAUUGAGAGGGAUAGUAAAGCAAAAGAUAAAAAUGGAAGUGGAGAGAUUGAUGGGGAGUUGGUAGAUUUGUGUGAGAAAUGGAGGAGCGCGAGUAGAUUGGCAGCAGAAGAGUUAUUUGGGAAGGUUAGAGAUAGAGUUAAUAGGAUGGGUGGACCAAGAGCUUGGAAGGAAAUGCAAAAGAGACAACAUGAGUACCAAAAUAACUGGGAACAAGAUGAAGUCAAUAACAAUAAUAACAACAACUCUGAUGAUGAAGAUGAGGAGGGUAAGGACAAAGAAAAUCGAGACGUUUAUGCAGAAUAUAGCAUUGAUCCUGAAACGGAUAAUGAGAAGGCACAGAGAGCUCCAGGUCUAGGAGACACUGGAGAAAAUCCCGGAGAGGAAGAUGAAUUUACAAUGGCAAUGAUGCUGAGAACGUUGAAUGUGGAUUUAGCGGUGAUUGGGUAUGAUAGAGAACAACAGAGAUGGAUUGAUUGA